AUGAUGCAAGAAUCUGGGACGGAGGUGACGAGCAACGGACCAGCCAGUCAAAAUGGAGGCGCCGGCGUGGAGGGCGUGCCCAGAGAGGGCCGAUCCAAAAGCGCCACGCCGUCGGUGGACGUGACGGCUGCGGACCUCCUGCAUCUCCAGCAGCACCAGGUAGACCCGCUCCCCUUUUCGCACCUGCGUGCGCGCCGCGCCGCCACGCCGGGAGAUUUUCACCCCGGCAGACUUGAGGCGAACAGACAAGCUCUUUCUGUUGGUGUCAGCGUUAUGUGUGGCACACGACAGCGCGCUCAAGGAAGCAUCACUGAAAAGAUCAGUGUGUCUUCUGCUAUCUCGGUCUAUCCGACAACACCACUAGGGUUGUUGUCAGGAGCUGUUUGGUGA